AAAAUGGCCGAAGAUUGUUGUAACGAAGAUCAAUGGUUAUAUGGAGAUUCAAAUCCAGAACCUCCAGAAAUUGAGACCAAAAAUGAGCAGAAAGCUGAGGCGACAGACGAAACUACGGCUGAAGUUACGCAACAGGAUGAAAACACAGGCGAAAGUGAUCAGCUGCCAGUACCAGAACCGCCGACUAUCCCUCCUCCAUCGGAACACGAGGAUGACCAGCUAAGUAGAGGUGAAGAACAACUUCAGGCCCCUGCCAGAAAGGAAGCAGGGGUAGAAGAAACAGCUAAUGAAAAUGGUGAUGGUGAUGAUGAUGAAGAUGAAGAUGAAGAAGACAGUGAUGAUGACGUCCAGGUUGUGAUUGGAGAUAUUAAAACAAGUCCUACUUAUACAAGCCUUAAUAUCAAACGUGGAGGCCUUUUAACAUCAGCUGUUGGUGGUGAGAAAUUGAAGCAACCAGGGAAAUUUUCUAUUGAAGAAUUUGAAGCUGUUGGAACAAUCAAUGGGGUUCCAGCACAUGAAUUCAAUUUGGAUUCUCUUGAAGACAAACCAUGGAGGAAACCUGGAGCUGACAUAACAGAUUACUUCAAUUAUGGCUUCAAUGAAGAGACAUGGCGAGCCUAUUGUGAGAGACAAAAACGAAUUCGUAUCCAUGAAUCUGGUGUGGGGCUUGCUCAGAUUGGAGGUCAGACUGCUGGACGAGGCACUAUCCCAGUAGCGAUUACUAACGACAACUCCAAGUACUCUGGUUUCAUGGGGCCUAAGAAGGCAGGACCUCCUCCAGGACGAAAAAUGGGAGGCACCAUUGAUGUCAUAGGUGGUGGAGGGUUGGCUUCAAGGCGGAAUUUGGAGAAGGGAACUCCACCCAAAGAGAAUAUUAUUCAGGUGAUGACCGCCGAUCGUCGCGAGUACAGCCGCAAGCCUGCGUUCCCUGAUAUGUCUGUGCCCCCUCCAACUUCAGGGAUUCCUCCGUUUGACUUGCCACCCCCUCCACAUGGUGUCGUUCCGCCUACCUUCCCUCCUCAUAUGGACUCGUAUGGAUCCGAGUUCUACGCGUCUGAGACAGACCCUUACUAUCAUUCAUACGAACCUACGCAGGACUCUCAGUGGAAUGACCCUACCUGGCAGUCAACAGCCAUGCUAGUAACAUCAGCGGACGUGAAAGUCAUCACCCCAGGCCCCCUGGUGACACCCCUACCACCAGUCAUCCCCCCACCAACAAAGAGUAAUGAUGCAGAAACUGCAAACCAAGAUUCUCAAGAUGAAUUCAGUUCUCGAGGUUCAGGUCGAGAACACUCUGAUGAUAUUGCUGCUUCAGGAGCCACCGGUUCAAAUGUUGGGUCAGGGAUACUAGUCCCCUACCAUGACUACUGCCUAAGAGCAGGACCUUCUUACAUUUUUUAA